AUGCGUCAGGGGAUCCGAGAGGCCGAGUAUUACAGGACCUUAUAUUUUACUGUUGUUCCUCCUAAUCGGAGGGCUCCAAGAUUAUCACAGCUCAGCAGGAGAUCGGGACAGAGUCAGACUGAGAGUCGAGGAGUGACAGGGCCACUUCAGAGAGCUCCCCCAGGUGGGGAGUUAGGUGCAGGGGAGGCGGCGGCGCGGGGGCGGCGCUGGGGUGGCGCAGCUAGCGGCGGGCGGCGGGCUGGCUGCGGGCGGGCGGCGCUCGGGCGGGGGUUCUCGGUGGGCGGGGCGGUGGGCGGCAGGCGGUGCAGCGGGGGCGCGGCGGGGGUUACCGCCGGCGGCGGUGGCCGCCGGGCUGCGCGUGCCUCCAAAAGAGGCUGCGCCCGAUUUAAACAAAAACUAUGA